CCGGUGCCGGAGCGACACCUUGCACUUCGUGUUGUGCAGAUUUCAGGAGCUGCGUCGUUGAUCGUCCAGCGACCCGCGGAACGAGAAUCGAUACGAUCCGAAAUGUCUCUCUGACACAGGAGGGGAGGGGCGGAUAGAGCAGAUAUUGGAGAUAAGGGCCCGAGAUUGGAGAAGGGUGUGUGUGGGGUCGGCUUGUGAGAGACCAUGACAAGAGCGGAAUAUCGGGAUUUUGAUGAGAAUGGGAGGGCGAAAAACGUCAAAUGUUUGCAGAACGGUGUCAGUGCCUCGGUUGGACGACUGGAUUACUGCAAGGACUGCAAUGUAAGGGCAUUGGAAUCCAAGAGAGACAGUGCACCUGCCUCCCGCCCACCUACCGCCUACUUGAACAUUCUACCUUGCCUAGUACUACCAUGGGCAGUAUUGUACCUUAUCUUAAACAGGCCACUCCUUCCUGGGCGUCCCUUAUUUCCUCCCCAACUGGCAACAGCGAAUGCAGCACCGUCCUCAUUAGGCUCGUUCUUGUCCUCGUCCAAUCUAUUCGGCGACCGACCGAAUUGGGAGACAUGGAUCGAGCGUUAUCUCAACUCCAAAAGUCAGCCAGCUGCUUCUGAAAGCCGUGACGACACGUUCUUUGCUAUUCCCGUGCCUCUGCCGCGCAGUCGGUUCUGCAGCACAUUGCCGAGAGACAAACAUAUGACCAUCAUUGAGGAAGAUCCAACCAGGAGCUAGGGUUGCGCCUUGACACCUGAGCUCGUUCUUGUGCAACUCUACAUUGGAUUUCCCUUCCUCCGCCGUUGCCACCGCCGUCUAGAGAAGUGAUUGUCCUCGAAGGCUCAUAAAUCCGCGGCGAUUAUUCGUGUUCUAGUCUCCAACUCGACGACCCCACCGGUUUCUACCCCAAUCUCACUGACACCUAGUCCUGCUCCACGUCAGGGUCCUGCUAAACGGCCCGGUAGAGAGUAGCGUUCAAGGCCCACAGAGCCGUGGGCAAUGGACAUCGCGCCGUCG